AUGUCGUUUUCGCCUUCUAUCGGUGAUGUGGUCCUGCUAGCUCAGAUUGCUUGGAAGAUAGCACAAGCAUUCACUAAAGGUCGCAACUCUGCCCCCGCCGAGUUUUGCGAAGUGGAAAACCAACUCUACUCUCUCAGUGCCGCUUUAGAAGCGAUUAGGAGGGCCCAAGAUGAAGGACACCUCGGGCGGGGUUCGAUUUCUAAAUUGGAAUCCUUAGGAAAAGAGGUCGAAUUAUACGGUCAGAACACAGCUGACCGCGUCAUUCAGAAUUGCCUUCGGACUUUAACACAUCUUGAUAAAGUCGUCCAGAAGUAUAGCGUGAUUCUUCAUCCAUCUACAUCCCCAUCACAGGGGUUAAGAUGUUGGAACAAAUAUGUGGUAAAAAACUGGAAAAAGAUCGAGUGGACAACAGAAAAGGGAGAUCUGAAUACGCUCCGAAGUCAAAUAACGGUCCAUACCAAUAGUCUAAAUCUAUUGCUUGGAGUCGCCGUGAAUUCCCAAGCUUCCGAAAUUAAAAUGUCCGUCGAGAAGUCUUCGAAGAUGAUCAAGGAGUUAUAUGAAUGGUACGAGAGUAACUUGAAGGGCUCCGAGUUAACUACGGACGUGACUUUAAGAGCCGAAUCAUCGGCUAUCGUCGGAUCGGAUAUUCACUACACAUUCCAACUUGGCCUUCGAAAGGAUCAAGGAGAAGAAAUAAUUUGUCGCCAUGCUGGUUUCAAUAAUCACUGGAGCCAAGGCUUUUCGACCAACCCUGGUUGUAUAGAAGUAGAACAUAUGCUUGUUUGUGCUUGUAAAGAUCACGGAGAGCCUGGAUUGCAUCAGUCUGCUGUCAAAAGAUAUGAUGUGUCCUAUUUGACAUUCCCUGUUCGACUUGCAACUGCGAAGAGGUCUUGGCUACUCUACAAGACCAGCGACAAAGUUACAAAUCAGCUUGUCACCAUGUCUAUUACCAACAUUGAUCCUGGUUAUAUCCAAAUUUUAGAAGAAGCGAUCCUCCAAGGUUUAGCGAUUAAGCAGGCAGAUAUGAUACUAAGCCAAGGAAUCGGGAAUAACCUCGCAUAUAUAUCCACCGAUACGAAUGAAGAGCGCAUUAUUGCUUCUAUUGGGGAGCUUAGGAUUGCGCGGAAGUCAGUCGAAUCAAUUACUUUUAGCCAAGCCGGGAGAAUGUACUCACGUAAACAUGUCGAAAACAUCCAAAUAUUGCAGUAUCAGACCAUGAGUUCGAACACAGCGAUAGAGAGAGGACAGCUUGAAGCGCUCCAGCCCUUAGAUUAUGCAGAGGUCUUGCUUGUUUACGGAGAACAAGAUGACGACGAAGAAAGUGAUAUUACCAACAGCGCUCUACUCCUGAAGCGAAACACAGUAUUGCGGCUCGAUGGCCGUAAUGCCAUCGUGCAGGUGGAUUCAAUUCAAACUUUGGGCACUCUUGCAGAUCAGGAGGUCAUUAUCGCCCAUAACAUGAAUGUUACUAUCCAGUUGACAAGCAAAGAAGCUGCAAGGGAGCUAUAUGAGAAGCUUGAGGGCAUGCGAAUGGAAUUAUUUGUCGGAAGCCUCAGAUAUCCACGGUCGGACGAGACAAUAGCGCUCCGCCUGCAGGUCGAGGCGGUUCAAUGCGAAAACAUGUAUAUAUCCGAUGCCGACGUGACGAUAACAACCGAUGCGCAGGGUAAACACAGACUCAUUAUCGAGAGCCGGAAUAAGUGUACCUUGAUAAGUCAAGUCCUUGCCGAUGACUUCUUCAAUUCACCAUCGGGAACGUCCAAAUUCUCUAUGCCGACGUACGUGGUCCAAAUCGAGGACCAUGGGAUUCGCAGCCUUUACAAAUAUGAGCAUGGAUUUAAACAUCUAAUUUUUGGCGGCACGCGGGAUGGUGGGAUGUUCAAGUUGGUGCGGGACCUUAUGUCGACGAACCUAGGACCGUAA